AUGCCUAGAGUGUCAGCUAGGAGUAACAAAGGAACGCACCGGGGCCAUGGUGAUGAGUUCUUCUAUGAACAUGGCGACCGUGAUAACAAACAUACUGUAUCAAGUGAGAAGGAUUCAGACACCACCUUAGCCACAACUACGGACACUGCCACCACAAGCAACAAAUCACGAAUUGAUCCUGAAUACGUUGAAGAUGGUCAAGCUGAUGGAAACGAUGAAGAAGAAGAUCAUGUGGUUGACAAUGACGAUGAUGCGGAUCAUGACGAGAUAAACUGCGGGCCAUGUGGAACCACUACUGAGAAUUUUGACGAAGAUUUUGAUCCAUAUGGAGAUAUGGUUCAGUGUGACAAGUGCAACACCUGGCAACAUAUAAAGUGUAUGGGUUUGAAGAAAAAGUCGAUACCAGACAACUACAACUGUGAUCAAUGUUCUGGAGUUCCAAGACCCAAGAUUAGAAAAAGAAACCUGACAGCUACUACUGCCACAAAUGGAGAGCCUAGUGCCAAAAGAAAGAAAAGUUCAACUGGUGCUCAGAGUCCCGCAAGUGGCAAAAAUUCCAAAACUCAGUCACCAGCCCCCACUGCCAAUGACGGACCUUCCAAAAUCCUUGCAGCUUUAAGUGAUGCUACUCGAAUUAGUAUUGCAAAGGCAUUUUACAAUUUUUUCAAAAAGGCAUACCCAGUUAAGGACGGGGAAGGUGUGGAUGAAGAAACUAAGGACAACAAAGCUGCAUCAUUGGCAUUGGAAGUUGAGAGUAUUAUUGAUCGUGAAUUUCCUGCCAAAACCGCUAAAGUGAAGUACACGGAUGAAAGUCGAAGGGUAUUGUUUGUGUUGAAGAAACACUUCACCAAUGACAUAUUUGCGGGAAAGAUCACUUUGGACGACGUUGUGAAAAAAACCCCGCAAGAAAUCAAUGAGGAUAUAGCAAGGAUUGAACAACAGAAUAAGGAAAAUAUCAAGAAUAUAGUGCUUGUUGAGAUUGAACAGGAUCAAAUUGUUCGAAGAACGCACAAGGGGGAGAUUAUCAAAGAGAAUGAAAAUGAAACUAUUGAUCAAAUUGAUGAGAGUAUAGCUACUAGGAAAGUUGAUCAUCGUCGAUUCUCUCAUCGUGAUAGCACGACUCCAAUGAAGAUUAUCCCUGAUUCUAUUGAACAGAGUGCGUACAAUAAUGCCAACCCUAGAUUAGGCGGUGGAGAUUUCUCAAGCGAGAAUGAACAUAGUGAUAUCCAAGAUGUCGUGAGUGAUGUUGGAAGUGAUAAUGGAAGCGAUGUGGAAGAGGAGGAGGGUGAUGAUGAUGAUGAUGAUGAUGAUGAUGCCCAUUACAAGAACAAUGCUACUGGCUCUGAAGCUAACAGAAAGAAGGGUAAAAAUGAUAGCAGUAGUAGUAAAGAGAAAUCAAGUGGGGUUGAGGACUCCAACAUUGACACAAAAUCUACUAGCUCAUUAAGUGAUGAACAAGCGGGAGAAACGCCCGAUGAAGAUAGAUUGAGCGCCAUCUUGGGUGAGGAGAAAAAGAGCAAUGCCUCAAGAGCUUCAUCCGCUGCACCACCAACUAGGCAACAAAUUUGGGGUGGAUCAAUCACAUUCCCAGAUUUUGCUCAAUUCAAUGCCGAUGCUACAUUCUACUCAUCCACAGAGCCUGAUACAGCAUCUGCAAACUCGGUCCAGACUGCCAAAUCCAUAUUUACUGAAUCAAAGUACAUCAUCCAAGGAAAACUAGGUCGUGAUAAAUGUGACGCGUACUUGAAUGCCAUUGUGUCGACGAGAAAUUUGUACAUUGUUCAAAUUUCACCCACUGCUACUGCUGAUGUUAAUGACACAUUCGACAAGGAUAGGAAUAAACGGCACUUUGAUAAAUUGUAUCAUUACUUGAUCAAGGAGAAUCGAGUUGGGGUCUUGAGUGGCAAGCCUUCAUUCGUCAAGGACUCGUACUUGAUGCCCAUCGAUUUCAGAGAUCCUCAAUUGGCCCCAGUUUUGCAGAAGCAUAAACACAAGCAACUUGGCGUCGAGAUUGGCUUGUUUGCCGUGUUUGUUGUGCAGAAAAAUUAUACGCCCAGUGGCAGUGGAGCUAGUAGUGUUCGCAGUAACGGCAAUGGCAAUGGCAAUGGCAAUGGCAAUGGACAUCGGCCAAGCUAUGCUCGUGGUGGACCUAGCUAUUCUGACUCUAGCAGUUCGCUGGUGCCUCAGGUGCUGCAAGUGCAUCAUGAUGAUGGAAAUGAUUUAAACUCGAUAUUAAAUCAAUUGCAAUAG